AUGGCGCGGAAGCUGACGCCGGAGGAAGAGAAGCAAGCCGUUAGAGACAUUUCUGUGGCCGCAGAAGCCCAGACCAAAGUCGGCGAUACUUUCUAUUUAAUAACCCAGAGAUGGUGGCAAGACUGGCUUGAGUACGUAAACCAAACCAGCAUCGUUAAUGAUGAAUCUUCUUCCGAGCAUCAGGGGGCAGUCAACUUAAGUGCAUUGAAGAAACCAUCUUGCAUUGACAACUCUGAUUUAAUAGAUGAAGCAGUAUCGGAGGAUUCUGCUAUGGGCAUUGAACUUCAUGAUACCUUAGUGGAAGGAACUGAUUAUAUACUGCUUCCAAAAGAAGUCUGGAACAAAAUGCAUUCUUGGUAUGGUGGUGGUCCUGUGUUGGCCCGUAUAGCGAUCAACACCGGUCUUUCUCAAACAGAAUUGUCAGUAGAUGUUUAUCCACUACGACUCGAGUUACAUUUGAUGCCGAAAGGUGAACGUUCGGCCAUAAGAAUAAGCAAAAAGGAAACAAUUGGAGAACUUCACCGAAAAGCUUGUGAAAUAUUUGAUCUCACACCGAAGCAAGUAUCUAUUUGGGAUUAUUUCAGCCAUCAAAAACAUGCAUUGAUGAAUGACAUGGAGAAGACGCUGGAUGAUGCAAACAUUCAAAUGGAUCAGGAUAUCUUGGUAGAAGUAAUCAAUAUUAAAUUAGAAGGUGGUUUGAGUUCCAACCAAGAGAAUGGAUCAAUGAAUAAUGGAAGCCUGGCUGCUGCUACUUCUCAUUCAAGUAUUGCAACUUCCGGAGGUUUAUCUGCAAGCAAGUAUUCAUCAAGAAAUGGUAAUUCGGGAUCCCACUUUCAAAAUCUAAAUACAGAAAAGGCAUAUGGAACGAGCGGUGUCAGUGCAAGAGGGGCAAUUUGCGGUCUCACUGGAUUGUUGAAUCUUGGGAACACUUGUUUUAUGAACAGUGCUAUACAAUGCCUAGUUCAUACACCGGAAUUUGCUCGGUAUUUUUGCGAAGGUUACCAUCAAGAGAUUAAUCGACAGAAUCCUCUUGGCAUGGUUGGGGAGCUUGCUUUAGCAUUUGGAGAUCUGCUUAGAAAGUUGUGGGCACCAGGACGAGCUCCGGUUGCUCCUAGGGCAUUUAAGGCAAAGCUAGUUCGCUUUGCUCCGCAGUUCAGUGGAUGCAGUCAACAUGAUUCACAGAGGGUGAUGGUGCUCCAGCUCAAGGUAGAAGAAAUGAUGAGCCCACAGCAGAUCCUACCAGAGAAUACCAGAUUGCAAGAGAUAGGGGAAGGAGAAAUGCAAAGCCCCAUGAGAAAUUUGCAGAUAUGGUCUAUUAUGCACUGUGUGCUGCUGAGAGUAUUGAUAUUGCUGAUCCUCUCACCUAUAAAGAGGCCAUGA